AGAGAACCAAAUCACACACUGCAAGAUUCUCUUUUUCUCAUUCUUCUUCUUCAUCAUCAUCGUCAUCUCCUUCUCCGUGUUCCGAAAGCGAAGGGAAAAAGAAAACAAUCACUCAUGAUAACGAGAAGCACCUACACCAUUUAGGAUCACCAGAACCAGAGAAAAUUUCAAGGGCCACUACUUUUUCCUCUUCCCAUUUUGCCCUUGAUUUUUCUCCACAUUUUCCAUUCCACCCCACCCCAUAACCAUACACAAACAACAACCACAACAACAACAUCGUAUUCACAAUGUUGUGUAAACUCGUUCCUGUGCCGCGCAAGAAAAAACCCGGUUCGAACCCGGUUUACCUUAACGUCUACGAUCUAACACCGAUUAACGGUUACGCUUAUUGGCUUGGCCUCGGAGUUUACCAUUCUGGCGUUCAAGUUCAUGGGGUUGAAUAUGGAUUUGGAGCUCAUGAACGUGACACGACUGGGAUUUUUGAAGUGGAGCCUAGACGGUGUCCUGGAUUCACCUUCAGGAAAUCGAUUUUCAUUGGAUCGACGGAUAUGGGGGCGAGGGAUGUUCGUGAGUUAAUGGAGAGGAUGGCUGAAGACUAUUCUGGGAACACCUACCACCUUAUCCAGAAAAACUGCAACCAUUUCUGCGAUGAUGUUUGUGUCAAACUAACGGGGAAGUCCACCCCUCGCUGGGUCAAUCGACUUGCUAGACUUGGUUUUCUCUGCAACUGUGUUCUUCCACCCAGCCUAAAUGAAACAAAGGUUCGCCAAGUUACAUUAGACAGGGUUCAAGACGGAGAGAAGAAGAAAGUGAGAACGCAUUCCAGCAGGUACGAGGCUUCACCCAAACCUCCAUUGUCUAGUAGCCGAAGACACUGCCUUCCUCCAUCUUCUGUAAUUAAUGCUUCUCCGUCCUCAACCAUAACAGUAAAGUAAAGCUUCGAUGCGUUCCUAAGUCGAUGUCUGAAAUAUAGGCUGUUAGAAACCGAAGAUGAGCAGAGAACCAACUUUUUCUUCUGCUCCAUCUCUCUGUUCUGCUGUAUAUCUUUAAUUGUGUGGCAAUGGAAAAAAAAAGUGAAAUGGUUGCGUUGUCUAUUCUUUCUUCAGUGAACAGAAAAGGGUCUUCAUAUCUAGAUUUUUGAGAUACGUAUUGUUGGGAUUUUAUCUAUGUUAACUGCUGAUGUAGAAGUAGAACAUAGAAAUGUGUUCAAUGUGUAAAAUACAGUAAAUGAAAAAGAGAUGGUGUGUGUGUUUGAGAGCUACUUGCUAGCAUUAACAAAGCCCAAAUUUGUCAACUUUAGAUGGUGAA